AUGAGUCCAUUCGAGGCUCUAUACGGAAUGGCCCCCCCACAGUUGGCACUAGGACCCUACUCUCACUCUAAAGUAGCCAUCGUAGAAGAUCAUUUGAAGGAGCGACAGAGGAUGGAUGAAAUACUCAAAAGGAACUUACAGGAAGCUCAGGACAGGAUGAAAUUCUAUGCUGAUCAAAGCAGAAGUGAAAGGUCAUUCAUUGUGGGAGACUGGGUUCACUUGAGGUUGCAGCCAUAUCGACAAAUGUCUGUAGAACUAAGGAACAACACCAAGCUGUUUGCUGAAUACUUUGGUCCCUACCAGGUGAUCCAGAAAAUAGGAGAAGUAGCUUAUAAACUCAAGCUGCCAGAAGGGUCCAGAAUCCACCCUGUGUUCCAUGUGUCGUUAUUGAAGAAAAAGGUUGGGGAGAAGGCAACUCUUGCUCCCCAGCUACCAAACCUGGAUGAGAAGGGGCAUUUAAGGGUGGCUCCAAUAGCCAUUCUGGAUCAAAGGAGCAUCAGAAAAAGGAAUGCAGCAGUAGUACAGUGGCUCAUCCACUGGUAG